AUGCAGCAAACUUCCAUACUCGGCUUCUUCAAACACGAAAAUCCAUCACAAUCACCACCCUCACGCCCUGAAAACUCACAACCACAACUGCCCGAGGGUUCGAGGCCAGGCCAGCCAUAUCGGUCCCGAACAAACCGCGAGGCCAGGCCAGAACCAUCAGAGUAUCGUCGAGGACGCGGUGGUCAUGGGUGCCAUAGCCAUGGACAUCGAAGUGGCAAUCACCAACAUCAUGGUCCCAAUCGUCGCCGCAACCACAAUCUCAAGCUAGUGGCAGAUGAGACGAAAGCACAGCUCCCCAUCAUGCUAAGUGCAAUUCCAGACUUUGAUGCUACAGCGUCCUCGAUCUAUGACCUUGUAGAUGUAAACACACUCAAUCCUCUCAACUGUCCGGGUUACGUCUUGCCUCCUGACGACAAGUGCGCUGGACAAAAGGGUACCAGGAUACGGGUCUACGACGUGGACUCUUUGGAUGCGGCUUUGCAAUUGAAUCCAGACUAUCAAGUUCACACGCAUCUGGGACUGUCAAAGCCCGUGGAUACGACAGUAUUACUCUCACCUUCAACUUCUUCUGCGCAAUUUUCAGCCAAACCAACUCCAGACGGAAUCGACACAGUGAGGCAAGAUACACCCAGCUCACAACCUCAACCCAUUUCACAAACCCCCUUAAACCCCACCAUCUCCACCGCCCCAAACACAACCACAACCACUACCAAAAGAACAAAAACCCCCGUCCUAGUCCUCAACCUCGCAUCCGAGCGCUCCCCCGGCGGCGGCUGGACAAAAGGCGCCCUCGCCCAAGAAGAAUGCCUCUGCUACCGCUCCUCCCUCUCCCUCUCCCUACACCAAAACCACUACCCCAUCCCCCCUCUAUCCACAAUCUACACGCCCUCCGUCCUCGUCCUCCGCUCCUCCCUCUCCACAGGCCACACCCUCCUCCCACCACACACCCCAAUCCCCAACCUCCCCGUCGUCAGCGUCCUCUCCGUCGCCGCUCUCCGCCAACCCCGGCUCUCCGCCAACGGCGCGACCUUUGCAAACGCGGGCCAGCGCGCCGAAACGAAGAGGAAGAUUCGCCUGACACUGCGCGUGGCGGCGACGCAGGGCCAUGGGAAGUUAGUGCUCGGGGCCCUCGGGUGCGGGGUCUUUGCGAAUCCACCGCGUGAGGUGGCGCAGUGCUUUUUGGAGGUGUUUAGGGAGCGCGAGUUUGCCGGGGGUUGGUGGGAAGAGGUGGUGUUUGCGGUGCUGGAUAAUGUAAAAGGUGCGGAGGCGGGGAAGCAUGGUCUGGGGAAUUACGGGGUGUUUUGGCGGGUGCUGGAUGGGGAGAUUGUGUGA